AUGGACCCCUUUACCCCGGAUUUCAUGAUUAUAAAAGGCCCCAGUCUGCAUCUCAGUCCACGAGUAUCUGAGAGCGCCCAACGUUCACAAGAAGCACCACAACCUACCUCACAAAACUACAAGGGCUAUCUCAAGCUGCCCUCCGCACAGCGCCACUUCUGUCCCUUUGACACGAACAAUACACAACUUGGCCAGAUAAACACAAUGUCUACUGCUGGCCGCACCUCUGUCUCCUCCAACGGCUCUACAUCGUCAAUCCCUGAACCCUCACCUCGGCAAGUCUCAUCGAUCUGCUAUCCCAAGGGCAAGUGGUACGAUUGCCUUCGACCAACCACCACUCCCUACGCAGGCUUCGGCAACAUGACCAACUUCGCCAGCAUGUCCGGCAAUGGAUCUGUGGAAGAGGCUGGGGAGAACUGGACACGGGAGGUAUACGGCAAGAUGAAGUAA